GUCAAUGUUGGGAGCUUAUUGAGCUCAGGGGCACGGAAGCGGGAGGGUGGGGAGUAGGAUUGUCGGUGUUUUGCCAGAGGAUCCGUGGAUAGUGUCCUGUGUAUCUCCAUGGCACGCCGGUUUCCCGACAGCCCGUGUUCUGACGGAGAUAACGAUGUCUUCUUGCCAGAUGGAAGUUCAGAGCCUGUUAGUGAAUUCUUGCAUGAACUGCCAAGCUACCAGUCUUUGUUAAGGAGGAAAACAUCCUAUUAUGGAACCAUUGAAAGACGCAGAAGUACCCAUCAGCUUAAAGCUUCCGUUUCUGUUGAUCCAGGUAUUAUGGAGCCAGCAACUGAGGGGAUGAUACCAUUAAGGGAGCAUGCACUCAGUAUGCAAGAAAAAAGGAAAUUAAGGGAUAUGCAGAAGCUGUGUUCACAGUACAUCUCACGAUGGAGCCAGUGGAAACAAUCAAGUUGGAAUUCAUGCAGAAAAUUAAAGGAGGACAUUGCUCAAUUAUUCAUUAGCCAUCUAACACUUUGGAGAGGAAACAUUCGUAACAUUGAGGGUAAAUUUGGAACCGGUAUCGGGUCUUAUUUCUCAUUUCUUAGGUUUCUGGUGAUUUUGAAUCUCGUGAUGUUUCUCUUGAUAUUUUGUUUUACUACACUCCCAGUCGCUAUUUCCAAACAAGGAGUUUUCAACAGCAGCAAUAUUAUCCCAUCCAAAGUUGAUUUGGAAUGCACACAUUAUACCCCAGGUGGCUAUGGACUUCUGUAUUUUUAUAGUAAUGUUAUUGAUUUACUAUCAGGAACGGGGUUUCUAGAGCUCACCUAUCUAUUCUAUGGCUAUUAUACCAUAGACACCGUCACCUUUUAUGUCUUCAACUACAGUCUUCCACUUGCUUAUGUGUUGGUCACCAUAAGCUGCCUGUUGUUGAGCAUUAUUUGGAUAGUUAAAAGGGCUGUAAAUGGUUUUAAACAAAGCCUGGUACAUGAUGAAGACAAAUUUCAGAGCUACUGCAAUAAAAUAUUUGCAGGUUGGGAUUUCUGUAUCACUGAUCAAUACUCAGCAGGUCUUAAGCACAGCAGUUUGCAGUAUGAAUUAAAAACAGACCUGGCUGAGGAAAGAAUCCGCCAAAGGAAGCAGAAGAGGACAAGAGGAGACACAUGCCGCAUUUAUUUCAUACGUUUUCUUUUAAAUGUAAUUGUCCUUGGAGUGUUGGCCGGCAGCUUUUAUGCAAUUUACAGAGCUACUGUAUAUUCAAUGGAAAACAGCAACACUGUGAGUGGAAGCAGCGCUGACCCUAUAAACCUACUAGUGGAGUAUUUACCAUCAAUUGUAAUCACCAUUGCCAACUUUAUAACACCUCUGAUCUUUGAAACUAUUGUUCGAUACGAAGAUUACUCUCCAGCCUUUGAAAUUAGAUUUACAUUGAUACGAUGUGUGUUUGUCCGGUUGGUCAGCAUUGCAGUUCUGUUGAUUUCUCUUUGGACUCGAAUCACCUCCUGCCAAAACCAGACCUGUAGCCUUUGUGGAUAUAAUUACAAGUUAUAUCCAUGCUGGGAAUCUCGGGUUGGUCAGGAGAUGUAUAAGCUGAUGAUUUUUGACUUUUUAAUUAUUGUGGCAUUGACAUUAUUUGUAGAAUUUCCACGAAAAUUGAUGGUCACAUACUGCUCAUCUAAACCCGUGCAAUGGUGGGGUCAGCAGGAGUUUGAGAUUCCUCAAAAUGUUCUAGAGAUUGUCUAUGGGCAGACCAUUUGCUGGAUUGGAAUAUUUUAUUCACCUCUUCUGCCAGCCAUUGCAACUGUGAAGUACUUCAUUAUAUUUUACAUUAAGAAGAUCAGUCUAAUGGAAAACUGCAGACCGUCGACCAGGCCUUUCCGGGCCUCCAGCUCUAAUUUUUUCUUCCAGGUGAUACUAUUGAUAGGCCUGGUCUUGGCCUGUAUUCCUGUAGGGUUUGGAAUCGCAUACAUACCAGCAUCUAAAGCAUGUGGCCUGUUUGUGAAUUUCAACACAUCAUGGGAAGUUAUACCAAACGUUGUAAAAACAUUUCCAAAUGGGCUGCAGAAAUUCAUCUAUGUCAUCGCAUCAGAAUCUUUUGCUGUCCCCUUUUUCUUACUGUCAUGUCUUGUCAUGUUUUAUUUUAUUGCUCUCGCCGGAGCGCAUAAAAGGGUUGUGGAACAGCUACAGGAACAACUAGCCAUGGAAAGUCGGGACAAACUUUUUCUCAUAAGACGGCUAACUGAAGUUCACCACAUCAAAGUUUAAGGUCCCAUGAGUGGCAGUGCAACUUUUUCCCCUGGUGGUGGCGUUAAAGAACAGAAAAGAAGAGUGAAUUAUACCUAUGCAUCUUUCCUUUGUCCCUUCACUCGACAAGUGUAUUGGCACCAUAAACUGAACAGAAGAUGUUGGGUGUAAGACUGGAUAGUGCAAAAGGCUGGUAUUGAUACCCCAUGUUUGUGGCAUUCUCUGAAAAUGUAAAAUGUUGUGCAUCACCAGUGACAGUGUCACAUUUGACUACUAAGGUCUGGAGAAUCUCUUUACUAGUUAGACAAAGUGUGGGGUUGUUUCACUAAAGGUUUGGCUUUAUCGGGCUUUUUAAAUAGUUCAUUUUUGUUGUAUUGUAAUUUAAUGUAUUUUUUACCAGAUGUGUUUACACAUUUCUACUUCAAAAUGAGCAAAGUUUAGGGAAAGAGACUUUCUUUACCUAUGAACUGUCUGGAAUAGCAAAGUUCAGCCCAUGGAAGGAGCCACGCAGAGGCUGUACCAUAAAGGAAACCGUGUCUGGAAGGUUAGAUGGAUUAUUCCUGUUUUAUUUCAUGAGUUUCAAACAGGCAACUCUCAGCUCUUGUUGUAACUGAUAUAAUUCAGUUGGAAAUCUGAACUAAUGGCCCUGACAACCUUUUAUAUAAUGGACUGAACAAGAAAUGGAGUUGUUACAUUAGUAAUACUGGAUUAAAAUUCAGUUGUUUUUUUUUAUUAGGUCAGGCAUACUUCUAGUCCCUUGCAAAAUGAUUCCAACCCGUGUCAUUUUACUGAAUACCAAAUCCUACAAUGAAAA